CCGCGCGCUGGGCUGAUGGAGCCGUGCACCGGAGGGGUGCGGAGCCUCGGGAGCCGGUGCCGGUGCCGGGCGCGGCUCGCAGACAGGAAGCGUCCCGGAGCGGCGGCGGCAGAUUGGCAGCGCCCUGCUCCAAUUGAGCGGCGGCGGGCCCGCACCGCCCGCGUUGCCUCCCCAGCCAGCCCCGAGCGGGCUCCCCUCCGACGGUGCAGCUCCGCGGUCCCGUUGCCGGGCCCGGCCCGGCUCGCUCAGCACCAUGGACACAUAGCCUGGGAGGCGCGGAGGAAGAUGCACAGUCACACCCGAGGCCUGGGCAGGGUGAUGGUGUUCCUCGCGGCAGCCUUGGCAUCAGCCUCCCUUACUGUCCCCGAGGGCUGGGGAGAGGAAGGUGUGCAGUACGGCCAGCUGGGGACAGAUGUGACCCUGCCAUGCGUCGGUGCCCGCACUGGCUCACUGGUCCAAUGGAGACGGGAUGGGGCUAUGGCACUGCCGGAGGGCUCAGCCAUCCAUCAGGGAGCCCUGGUGCUGCCGCGCACCAGCCUGGCUGCUGCUGGGACCUACAGCUGCCACGAUGAGGAUGGCAGCCUCCUGCAUGCCGUGUCCCUGCAGCUGGGGCACCGGCCAGGGGUCCCCUUUGUGUCUUGCAGAGCAUCCGACUAUGAGAACUUCUCCUGCUCCUGGACCUCCAGCCUGGAGACCUUUCUCCCUACCAGAUACAUCACAACCUAUAGGAAGAAGUCGCUGACAGGAGAAGAGAAGCGGAGGAACAAGAGCGGGCACGUGGGGCCAUGCCUGCAGGACCCAGCACGCACUGGCACCUGCACCGUUCACCGGUCAGAGUUCUGGAGUUCCUACCGGCUGAACAUCACCGAGGUGAACCCACUGGGCUCCAGCUUCCGCCUCCUGGAUGUCACCAUGCAGGCCAUCAUUAAGCCAGACCCUCCGGAGGGCUUGGUGGUGGAGCCUGUCCCACUGGCCCCACGGCGGCUGCACGUCAGCUGGAAGUACCCUGCAUCCUGGCCCAAGGAGCCCCACUUCCAGCUGCGGUUUCGCCUCCAGUACCGCCCUGUCAUCCACCGCUCCUGGUCCGUGGUGGAGACGGUGAACCUGUCUGAGGUGAUCACGGAUGCUUUUGCGGGGCUGGAGCACGUGGUGCAAGUGAGCGCGAAGGAUUUCCUGGAUGCGGGGAACUGGAGCGAGUGGAGCGCAGAGGCACGGGCCACACCAGUCAGAGACCCAGCCACCAUGGUGAGUGAAGAAACCACUACAGACAUCAGCCUGGAGAGCCUGGAUGAGGAGCCCUCACAGGCUCCCAACCCUGAGCCUAUCAACCGCAGUGACCCCCUGGAGAAUACAGCCAUCCUGGUCUCCCUCGGGAUCUUUGCCUUCUUUGUCCUGGCUGCCGUUCUCGUCAUCACCAUACUCAUCUGGCUCCGAGUGAGGAAGCACAGCAAGGAUGAGACCAAACCCCACAACUUCUUGGUUGCUGCCACCCACUUGAAAGCUCUGCCAAGUGAGUGUUGAGGGACCCAGAUCCUGCCAUGAGCCGCAGCUGACCCCGCUCCGUGCAUCCGCUCACCGUGUACGGGACAUAACACCACUGUUGGCCCCAAGGGCCCCAUGCCAUGCAGCGUCGGGCAUUGCCCCCAGCACCCCCAAGGUGCGGGAUGGACCCUAUGGACAGAAGCUGCGUCCCCAGGAUCUUUGGGCUGCCUGUGCCUGUCAGGAGCGGUUGGACUCAUGGGGAUGGGGCACCGAGCCAGCCCCUCAUCGCCACAUCAUGCCGCCUCCACGGGGAUCAUGGGCACAGGCUCCCAGGGGUGCUGGGCAUCGGUGACCGCUGAGCCCCCCACCAGCUGUCAGCAGGCAGAAGGGAACCCUCCUUCUGUAAUCUCAAUAAAGAGGGUAGUGUUGGCACUGCCCAGACAAGA